AUGGGCUGCCUGUCUGCAUGCAUCUUUGAGUGGGACGCAAGGGACCUCACUUUGUUGCGGCAGGCAAAGAGGGCGCUACUCGUGCAGGAGGGUGUGCCAGGUCUUACUGAUCAGAUGGUGGACGAGAAGAUCAGUAAAAAGGAGCUGAGCCUGUACUGCCGCAGGAGGACGCACGGGGAAGUGGCCACUCUCACCCUCAUUGAGCAGCUGCUGGAGAAACUGGGGGGGAAUAAUGGGAGAGACCUUAUGGGGGUGCCGCUGCUGGAACAGGUGCGCAUGGAGCACAUUUGGCGUGUGCAGAGACACCACGUGAAGUGCAUCCAGGAUGUGCCAGGUGUGCAGCUGUACACCGUGACAGGAACCACCACAAAGAGUGGCAUCCUGCUUAUAAAGUACCGCUGUGCACGAGGGUCUACAUCGCUGGAGUCAUUUCAUCUCCACCUAAACAGGUUUAUUCCAGGAACCAGUGCAAAUGCACUGAAUUUCCAAUUGUACCUCCUGGAAGGCCUGAACAGGUGGAACCAGGAUAGAGCGGCUGCUGCGGUGACCAGCAAGCAGGCAUCACUGCUGACAUAUGCUGGGGAUGUGGCUCACUGUGUCAACACCAACAGCCUCAAGGUGUUUGGUCGAGCAUUUGUGCCGACCUUCAGGCCGCCUGCCAAAUACAAUGGUAUGUAUAAUUGAUAUCUGG